CUCAUACUCCCCAGCAAUCGCACGUCUGCACCUCCAACCCGAAGUGUCAGCAAAGUGGUAUUUAAUAUUACUAUUCUUGACAAUUCCGGACAAUCAAGUCGGUGAUCUCGGCCCACUUAGCCUCAGCCAAUCAAAGUGCCUUGCACUACAGCUGGUCCAAGCGAAUACCUCAGAAUCUGGCUGCAAUCGAUUCUUACUAUAGUCGAGUUUUCCCAUCGUCGACCUCAAUCGCAAUCGCCAGUGCCUUGGACAAUGGUGACAAUAGUUGCAUGAUCCGCUCUAGCUUGCUCUCUGGCCAAGCAUUGCUGUCAUUCAUCCGCGAAAUCAUCGCGCGCACUUGAUCUCGUGUGAGAUUUGUUCCCCCCGUAUAACACGGGUUUCAAACUCCUACACCAGCAUCAUCGAGUCCGCAAAAACACCACAAUCACUUCUACAAUCACGUAGACGGUGCUUCUUCCUUGGGAAAGAACUCUCAUCUUCUCGUCACAAUUUUUCGCAAUCUCAUACCUCGCCAAAUAACAGUUGUGCGUGUGCUAUACCAUGGCCCCAGUACGACGCAAUCGGCACGAGACAACAUCUUCAGCUUCUGGCCCCCAGGACAAAGGCGACCAAAAUCAAAUUAAUUACGGCACUCGAUCCAAGCGCAAAGCAACCGAGAUGAGUUCUCCCGGUGGUUCUUCAUCGGACCAAAAGACUUCCACCAACUCUUCUCAAAGUCUUGAUAUAGAGGAGGCUGAUUUCGCCGGUCCGCCUGCCAAGAAAUCAAGAAAAACAUCAGAAACACCCCCCAAAACUCCCGAGCCAGACUCCUUUACAGAACUUAAUGAAUUUGACAUUCCAGAAGUUAAAAUUGAUGGUCCUAGUUCCUCUCCAGAGUCAGAUGACCAAAAUCCUGACCAAGUUAAUGAUGCGCCCAGUGGUAGAGGCGGCUUCGGUAGGGGUCGUGGCCGAGGUCGAGGAGGUCGUGGACGAGGACGAGGUGGACAUGGUGGCUCGGGUAUUGGAUCUCGAGGAACUCCCGUCGUGGAAUCACCAGUUGCUCCCAAGGCCCUGAGAGGUCGUGGUGGUCACCGAGUGAAGAAAUCUGACAACGCCCGAAUUCAAGCACUUUAUCAUCGUCGAGCUGCACUAAAACAUCAAUACAAGCAAGUGGCCUCAUGGCAAAAAUCCGCCUUACUUGUUAUUGCCGACAAAUCUUUGGAUAGACUCAAGGCCGACUCUCAUUAUCAUGAAUCUCUCCCAGAGUUUGACGAGGUUACUCAAGGAUUGAAAGAGGCUUAUCAGAAGCGCGUCGAUAAAUUAAAUGCGGAAUUCUUCAUGCGCAAAGAUUAUUUGGAUCGCCAAUUGGUGCAAAACCAAGAGUAUGAAGAAAUGAGAUUUGAGGUAAGUAGCGAUGACUUCUCAGUUUGCUAAACCACUAAUACAUUACCAGGAUCAUAUAAAUGAGAUUGAAGAAACUACGGAUGUCAAAGUCAUGCAAAAGGCAAUCCACGUUUGCAGGCAAUGGUUUUUGCAUGAAAGAAUUGAAAAUAAACCAAUUUUCCGCCCUGUCAGUAGCCAAUUUUCCCCUCUCACUGUGGUUCAUACUAAUGAAAUUUAGUCUGAUGAUAAGGUGGUCAAGAGAAUUCCUCCACCACCAAGAGAAGUUCAUUCAAUAGCAACUCCAUAUAAUUUUGUGAGUAUACUUCAAUAGACCUGAGUUAUUUCAUUUAUUAAUGAUCGCAUAGACUAUGGCUGCAGACGAAUUCCAAUGGGCUCAGAGGCCUGACAGCCCAAUCCCUAUUGAGCAGCAUCCCAAGGACCAUUGGCUCUCCAUGACAGAUGAGCAGCGAACUGCUUGGCAACACAGGACACGAAAAGCUGGUGGCGACAAAGGUAGACGUAUUAAAAGCAGCAAAAGCAAUGCUUUAUAUCAACCUCAAGCGGCGGUCACUGAUUCACCUGAUAUGCCCGAAAUUCCUGAAGCUCUGGCACUUCCUGAUAUGUUGUCAGCUAUAGCUACGCCAGCCGAAGUCUCAGGAGAGGAUACGGAGACUGACAACACCGAAUCCCCAGGAGAAGAACAACCCACAGACCAAUAUGGUGUCAAGGUUCCAAAGAAACCAACACCUCGAAAUGGCGAGGCCCCACAAAAUCGAAUUGUGGGUGAUGCCUCAGUUACCUUUGAUCAGGAUGAGAUAGGUAUUCGAAAACAUCACGUUCGCAAGAACAACCGAAAUGAGCAACAAUAUCUUGGAAUGGAUCCUGAUCCAAAUCCAAAAAAGGUGCAUUUCGACCAGGUCGCCAGAGGCCAUAACGCUGCUCGUAACAAGAAAGAGGACUUGGACGAAGAGAAGGUUCAAACUUUCAAAGUUCAUCCUACUUAUGGACUUCCCCUUCCGACCUCAGAGAAUCCCACUUAUGAGGAGCUGGAGAAUCCACCGUUUCCUGCUCCAACGGAUUGGUCAAAACCUCUUGCACCGACAAGCCCUGUGGUUGUCAUUGAAGAGGGACCACACGAUUUCAACCUUCUGGAUGAAGACAAGAGGGUUUUCUUGACGUCUAGAUCCGAAUGGAUCCUUCGAAUUGGGUCUGAAUGGGACCAAAUUCCAGCCAAGGUAAAAAUGAACUCCAUGCUGAGUGACAACCAUCUUCUCGAUCCUCCAAGGCCUUCGACUCCAGAGCAAGUCAGUGAAGUGGAGCCAGAAAAGACGAUUGACGAGGAACUUCUUUCCGCUGUCAACGAUGCCGAAGAUGAAAGACUUGAUUCACUGAAAAUCAAGGUAUCCGACUCUCCUGCUUCGCAACCUGCUCUUCAACAAUUUUCUCCUGCUGCGCAUAUUAUUCAACACUUCUCUCCAGUUGCAACGAUGGCUGCUCCGGCUCCUGCCCCACAACGCUCUCAAGGCUAUGAUCCUGUUCGAGAUACUGGAUACCAAACGCCAUAUCAACCAGUAGCCCCAAAGCAACAACCUGCUUCUACUAUCAUCAAUCAAGCUGGACCAAUCACCGGUCUUGCUACUCUCGCAGAUGUUGCAGAGACUCGUGGAGCUAUGCCACCUCCAAGAGAGUACCGCAUGGCACGAAGUACCUGGGCUGCUCCCGCACCAUCGCAAAAUCGACCAGCACCUCAUAGUACAUUUGUACAAUACUCUGGACCACCUGGACCUGCUCAAUCUCCUUAUACAUCACCACGUGCACCGCCAUUGUCUCAAACUCAAAUCUUCCACACGACCACUGCCCCUCAAGGUCCCAAUCUCAUAAACCGACCCCCUCCUCCAUCAAUAAGCAUAAUGAACGGUGUUCAAGUUAUCAACGGUAUGAAUGACAUGAAUAGUAUGAAUGGUCCCGGUCCUCAGCGAAUCAAUGGCAUGCCACCACCACCACCUCUCAACACCAUGAACGGACCUCCACCUCCUAGACACGAUGACAUGAUGAAUGGACACAUGGCACAAGCUCCGGCACCAGGCGGCCCCGGAUUUCGAGAGCUUCGACCUGCACCUCCACAGAAUAGAGCCAACAUGCCGCAUAUAAGAACUUGGCAACAUCAGGAUGGAUCGAUUCAUCGGGGACCAGCUGGUAGCGCUCCACCUCCACCUUCGCCGCCUAAGGAUCCAAGCAAAUCGAAUUGGCAUUAGAAGAUUGAAUGAUUGAUUGGAUUUUACAUUUGGAGUUUCAAGUUUAAUAGUUUCUUUUCUUUUCGCGAACUUGUAUAUUGAAAACUUUGAUAAGAAAUUGGGUUUGGUUCGUUCUGGAAUUGAUGGCAUGGCAUGGCAUGGACUGCAUGGCGUGCAGCUUUCUUCUUUCUUCAUUUCUUUCUCUUUUCACUCUGUCACCUGCUUGCUUGGUUUUGUGGGUGGGAGGGGUUCUUUGUAUCUCUUGUUUUGAUUGUCCUCUUUUUUAAUUUGUAUAGGGAGGCAUUUCUUUUCCCUUUCGGAUGGAGAUGAAGAUUGUAUUUACUGGAGUUUGGAUGGGUUACUGGGGUUGAUGGAUAGGACGUAGAUGGGAUUGUAUGAAGGGG